GUAGCAGAAUUGAACGUCUUACAAGACAGCGAUGGCUUUUUCUCUAGAAUUUGAAUAUGGAGGCCACAGGGACAGAUGAAGUAGAAAAGAUAAAAUCAAAGUUUAUGUCUGCAUGGCACAACAUGAAAUACAGUUGGGUGUUGAAAACAAAAACUUACUUCAGUAGAAACUCUCCAGUCUUUCUGCUGGGAAAAUGUUACCACUUCAAAACUGAUGAAUCUGGUGAACUCUCUACAGAUGGGUCCAAUUUUGAUAAAAUCAACACGGAGAUUUCAGGAAAUGUUGAGGAGUUUCGUAAAGAUUUUAUUUCUAGAAUAUGGCUGACUUACAGAGAGGAAUUUCCUCAGAUAAAGGGGUCUGCAUUAACAACAGACUGUGGUUGGGGUUGCACACUGAGAACUGGUCAAAUGCUGCUGGCUCAAGGUCUUAUGCUUCAUUUUCUUGGUAGAGCCUGGGUCUGGCCAGAUGCGUUGGACAUUGACAAUUCAGAUUCUGAAUCAUGGACAGCCCAUACAGUGAAAAAGCUGACAGCAUCAUUCGAAGCAUCACUUACAGCAGAAAGAGAACCCAAGAUCCUGUCAAAUCAUCAUCAGGGAACAUUAAAGAGAAACUGUGAUGACAGUGAAAUGAGAAAUGAAGUUUAUCAUAGAAAAAUAAUUUCUUGGUUUGGUGACUCUCCGCUGGCAGCUUUUGGCUUACAUCAGCUAAUAGAAUACGGAAAGAAGUCUGGAAAAAUUGCUGGAGAUUGGUAUGGGCCUGCAGUUGUUGCACACAUUUUAAGAAAAGCUGUUGAAGAAGCAAGAGACCCUGAGCUACAAGGAGUAACAGUCUAUGUUGCUCAGGAUUGUACAGUCUACAGUUCAGAUGUUAUUGACAGACAGUGUUCUUUUAUGGAUUCUGGAAAAGCAGACACAAAAGCUGUAAUUAUAUUAGUUCCUGUGAGACUCGGUGGAGAGAGAACAAACAUGGACUACUUAGAGUUUGUAAAGGGAAUUUUAAGCCUUGAGUAUUGUGUUGGUAUUAUUGGUGGCAAACCCAAGCAGUCAUAUUACUUUGCUGGAUUUCAAGAUGACAGUUUGAUUUACAUGGAUCCUCAUUACUGCCAAUCUUUUGUAGAUGUCAGCAUAAAGGAUUUCCCUCUUGAGUCAUUCCACUGUCCUUCUCCCAAAAAGAUGUCAUUCAAAAAAAUGGAUCCGAGCUGCACAAUAGGAUUUUACUGUAGAACUGUGCAGGACUUUGAGAAGGCUUCUGAAGAAAUAACAAAGAUGCUGAAAUCUUCAUCUAAGGAAAAAUAUCCCUUGUUUACUUUUGUAAAGGGUCAUUCUAGAGACUAUGACUUUGCUUCCAGUCCACUCCGGGAAGAAAAUGACCUUUUCUCUGAGGAUGAAAAGAAAAGAUUAAAAAGAUUUAGUACAGAGGAGUUUGUCUUGCUUUAAGGACAUUUUGCACAAGAUUAUUGGCAGCUGUCCAGGAGAACACUUGCCUUUUAAAAAAUAAAAAAAUGUAUGUGUCCUCCUCCCCCAAAAAGGCAAGCUUGUGCUGAAAUUGGUCUAUUUUCAUAAAGAUGAUAAUGUUUUAUAUGUUAAUAGUCUUUAAAAUGUCAUUUAUAAAUGUACUUACUAAUUAUUUUUGUUCACUGCUAGUUGGAUGAGUUUAAUGUCCCGUUGUGCUAGUGAAGACAGAAGGCAUUGUUUAGAGCCA